CACCACCUCUACAGCUGAUUCUUCAGAUAGUUCGUUUGACGACUUGUUUAUGAGUAGGAGUUGCAACAUUUUUGCAAAAGUAGUUAUUUGUUAUUUUACAAUAAGUUAAAGCAGUUAAAUAUGGAUGCUGAAGCUUCGCGCAAAACUUGGGAGCUGGAGAAUAAUGUGAAGACACUGCCGGCAUGCGAUGAAAUUUUCCGCUAUGAUGCCGAACAACAGCGACAGAUUCUCGACGCCAAGCCGUGGGAAAAGGAUCCUCAUUAUUUUAAGGAUAUCAAAAUAUCUGCAUUGUCUUUGCUUAAGAUGGUAAUGCAUGCACGUUCAGGUGGAACUCUCGAGAUUAUGGGUCUGCUGCUUGGUAAAGUUGAAGAUAACACCAUGAUUGUAAUGGACGCUUUCGCAUUGCCCGUAGAGGGUACCGAGACUCGUGUAAACGCGCAGUCGCAAGCCUACGAGUACAUGUCUGCUUAUAUUGAGGCAGCUAAGGAGGUGGGGCGAUUGGAAAAUGCUAUCGGAUGGUAUCACAGUCAUCCCGGCUAUGGCUGUUGGUUGUCCGGCAUAGAUGUAUCAACACAAAUGCUUAAUCAAAACUAUCAGGAACCAUUUGUUGCAAUAGUUGUGGAUCCAGUACGCACAGUGUCAGCAGGAAAAGUAUGUUUAGGUGCAUUUCGAACCUAUCCCAAGGGUUAUAAGCCACCGAAUGAAGAACCUUCUGAGUAUCAGACUAUACCUUUAAACAAGAUUGAUGAUUUCGGCGUACAUUGUAAACAAUAUUAUCCGCUUGAGGUAACUUAUUUCAAAUCUGCACUCGACCGAAAGUUAUUGGAUUCUUUGUGGAACAAAUAUUGGGUAAACACACUAGGCAGUUCUGGCUUACUGACCAAUACAGAAUAUACCACAGGCCAAAUAUUCGAUUUGUCAGAGAAGCUCGAGCAGAGUGAGUCAAGUUUAGUGCGAGGACCAUUUGUGGUUUCAGGUGCUGAAGGAAGCGAGAAACGUACAGAGGAUAAACUUUCAAAAGCUACGCGUGACUGUAGUCGGGCAUCCAUUGAACUAAUUCAUGGUCUUAUGGCGCAAAUUGCAAAAGACAAGCUAUUCAAUAGAGUAGGACUGGGUAAAUAAAUUCAAACGCAACGCGCAAAAUAGCGAUAAACGUUAUUCUUCAUAUUUUUAAUAAACUAUGAAUAAUUUAUACAUGCAUCAGUUAAUUACCAAAAGGAAUAAGUCGCAAUUUUUUUCAUAUGACAAUUUUGAUGCAGUUCGGUUCGUGUAAAGGAACUCUGUUGAACUGCUUCAAAUUUGCAUAUCGGGGAAAAAGUCGACCCUUUAGUAAAUAACCGAUUCACAUAUAUCAAAAAAAAAAUUUAUAUAUUGUAACAUUUCCGCAAAAAUAAAAACUGAAUUAUCGUU